CCUUCCUCGCCGUUUACCGGAGGAGCCCCUUUCCCUGCCGCCGCGGCACCACCGCUCGGGCAGUCCUCGACCCCCCCCGGAGCCCCGGGGCAGGCGGGGAGCCCCGCGGCCCUCCUCCCCGACCCGCGGGCGGCUCCGGUUUCCGAGGCGGAUUUAACCUUUCCCGCCGCGGCCAGGGGGCGGGCGGCGGGCCGAGGCCGGCGGACGCCCCUCGGCGGGGCGUGAAGGGCUGAGGCCAGGCGGCGCCUGGGGCAAGGCGCGGCGCUGGCCCGGGGGCGCAGAGGGCGGCUGCCGCCUCCCGCCGCGGGGAUGAGCGCCUCGGCGGCCACCGGCGUCUUCGUCCUCUCUCUCACCGCCAUCCCCGUCACCUACCUCUUCAACUGCCUGGCGGCCGGCGGCAGAUGAUCACAUGUGAAAAGACAGCCACAUAAAUUCUGCAAAACUAUAAAAUGAAUACUAUGGCAGACUAUGCGACGGAUUUAAUAAACAGCCUUUUAAAGUAUUAAAAGUUACUUUAAGAUUCCUGGGUACUCGUUGCAGUUGGAUUGCUGAUUCUGGUUUUUAUUGCUCUGUUGGCUCGUGUCCUUGUCAAAAGGAAACCACCAAAAGACCCGCUGUUUUAUGUUUAUGCUGUAUUUGCGUUUACCAGUGUAGUGAAUCUAAUAAUUGGACUGGAACAGGAUGGAAUUAUUGAUGGAUUCAUGACUCAUUAUUUGAGAGAGGGCGAACCGUAUCUGAACACUGCGUAUGGCCAUGUGAUCUGCUAUUGGGAUGGUUCCGUUCAUUAUCUGAUGUAUCUGCUGAUGGUGGCAGCUAUUGCAUGGGAACAAAGCUAUAGAACCAUUGGCCUCUACUGGCUAGGUUCCAUUAUCAUGAGCAUCAUCGUCUUUAUGCCUGGAAACAUUGUCGGCAAAUACGGAACAAAAGUGUGUCCUGCUUUUUUCUUAAGUGUGCCAUAUAUUUGCCUUCCCAUAUGGGCUGGGUUCCGAAUUUACAACCAGCCUUCAGUGACUCACGACACUCCAGUCAAGGUGGUUCAGGAAGUCCAGAAGAAAGGACUCUUGAGACGGCCAGUAGAUUUACUGUUAGCUGCGUACCUCAUUCUAGCAACGGGGUUUUGCAUAUUUAGGGGCAUGAUUGCUCUGGAUUGCCCUGCUGAACUCUGCCGGCUGUACAUUCAACUUCACGAGCCUUAUAUAAAAGAUCCUGCUGCCUAUCCUAAGCUUCAGAUGCUGGCAUACAUGUUCUACUCUGUGCCAUACUAUGUGAUUGCUCUGUAUGGCCUCCUGGUGCCUGGUUGUUCCUGGAUGCCUGAUUUAACCCUUAUACAUGCUGGAGGACUAGCUCAGGCUCAGUUUUCCCAUAUUGGUGCUUCUCUUCAUGCUCGAACUCCCUACAUCUACAGAGUCCCUGAAGAAGCAAAACAGUUUUUUCUGAUAUUGAACAUAAUGUAUGGGAUCCUUCCCCAGCUGCUGGCUUACAGGUGUGUCAACAAGCCAGAGUUUUUUAUGAAAACAAAACAAGAAGAAAAAACGGAAUAGCACAACUGCUUCCAGCUCCUCUUUUUGGCUAUGUAUAGAAUUGGGUUGGGAUGUAACCGAACUGCUCAGACGGAACCCCAAUGAAGUGUGUACGAUGUGUAAAAUUGCCCAAUUGUGUAAAGCUGCACAGUCUGUUUCGUUUAUCCUACUCGAAAAGGGAAAAUAAAGACGACUGCCUUCAGUACCACUUCUCCCCAUUGUGCCUGUGCGCGGCAGCGGAGUUGCUAGUUCACACAGCUAUUUUUAAGUAAGCCGCUUUGACAGUUUGAGAAAUACUGCAUGAAGUUAAAGAAUAAUAAUGACGUCAGUGUUUAGCCUCCACACACCGAAGAAUAUCAGUGCUAGCAAUCUCUAUGCAGAGCUACUGUGGAAUAUGAAGGUCAAUAUUUUGAAGUGUGAAAAAUUCACAUACAUAACUCUGUCACAUGCACAUGUUUUAUUUGUCAAAAAGUAUGUCUUGUGGGUCAGCCUUGUUAAAAAGCCCAAGAAAUCUUUUAAGAAGCAAUCAACUCUUACGGUAAGACUCCAGAUAUGAUAAGCAAAUCAUAUAGUUUUGUUAAUUCUUUGAAGGAUUCACUUCCGCAAGGACUGCUCAUCGGCUGGAAGUUAAGCCUGUGCCCGGUAGCACUUGUGACCCGGGCAGGGAGGGCUCGUCCCCCCCAGGAGCCAGGCCGUACGCCGCAGCAUGCACUGUCACACAGGAGGGGGUUUUGCCCUUUUCUCCUCUGCAGCUACUUCUGCUCACGCUGUUGGGUCACAAAGAAAGUAUCAGCAAAUACAGCGACCUUGGUUUGUGUAGUUUGCAAUGGUUCCAUUGGCAAUUACAACUAUUUCUAUGAUUUCUCUGUGUAUUUAUACUAAAAGCAGUACAUUUAGUGCCUUUCUCACAGAUGAAAUUAGCUGUUAUGUUUUAACUGGAAACACUUUAUUUUGGGAUGUCGACUUUUGGCUGUUUUGAUUUAGAGAAUUUUCAUUUUCUUGUUAAACCCUAAUGGGUAACACGAAAGCAUCGGCUCCUGUGCGUGCGUGUGGCUCCUGCGCAGGGGGCCUUCGCGAGCAGCAGGACGUGGAUGCGUGAACGCCCUCCCGCUGAACACCGAGGAGCGGGUCACGGCAGCGCUCACAGGAGGGAACCCACCAUUUUACACCUCCAGCCAAAGGGGCAGGCCCAGAAUAACCACCGCACGUCUCGGCCGAUGCUUCUUGGCAAAAAGGAGCUCAGCAACGCUCUGCCCCGGCAGCCAGCCGCCCCGGUGGGGGGUCCCUCCAGGUUCCCU